AUGGCUGCCCAGCGCUUGCGCGACCAAGUCGAGGCCGUCGGGCGAUUGCUCGAGGCAGUGCAAGGGCAGCCCUGUUUCGAUACGGUGGCGGCCGCGCAGGAAAGGAUGCUCGUGCAGGCUUUCGGGAGCGCGAGGCUGCAGCCCACGCAGGUGACAACCCUCUCGUCUCUCGUCGCAGCGCAACCCUGGUCCGAGGUUUCCAAGGGGAGGCUGUUGGAGAAGCUCGGCAGCAUCGUGGCUUCUGGCAGCGCCGUGGGUUUGCGAAUGGCUCAGCAGGAUUAUGAGUGCAUCUUCGGGUACCUGACAGCGGGCUCGUGGCACCAGUUGGCGCGGACCGACGUGCCCGAGGAAGCGAAGCUCAACGUGCUGGUUGAUGUUGCGAUUAGCUUAGGUCUUCGCAACCCGACCGAAGGCACGUAUCAGAUGUUGACGGCGAUGUGGCGCAUGGCCGUGGACGGAGCCGAGACCGCGAAGAAUUUGGCGCGGGCUGCAAAGUACUCGUACCUCCAGCAGACCAAGCGCGUGUUCAAGCGCCAGGACCACCCUGGCUUCUUCAAGCAAGUGUAUGGCGACGAGUUGCCAGCUGCAUGCCCCGCGCCAGAAGCCGCGAUUCGCUCCGUCCAGGCUACGUACCCAUGCCGCAACACAAAGCAGCAGGCCACGGGGGCGCAGAUGAUGAGCGCCUCGGCGUCGCAGCCCGACGUUUUGCAGAUGAUGCAGCUCAUGUUCGAUAACUUGCGGCGGGCGGACGUCGGCGCUCAGACGGGCCCUUUGAACCUCAAGAUCCUGGGAGGGACGCCUGCAGCAGCCAGCGUCGCCAAAAAGAACGUGACUCCCCCCAAGAAGGAGGACGUCGCCUCGGUCACCGAGGACAUCCUGCACGGACUCGUGGCCAAGGCCUCGGCGGCCGCGCCAGCGACAAUGGCCGACGACGCGGAGAGGUCACUGCAAUCGUUGCUGUCUUUGGGCGACCCCUUUGCGCAGUUCCAGGAUGGGGCCCAGGAGAGCGGGGGCGCUGGCAACGAAUCGCGCAUGAAUCCAACCUCAAACUCAGAGCCCCGCAUGAGUCCCAUCUCAGACUCAGAGUCCGAGGGGCGGAGCGCCGCCGACAAGGGCAAAGGCUGCAAGGGCGGGUGGCGCGCCAGCGGCAAGGGCGAGCCCGACAGCGACGGCGACGCGGAGAACCCGAGGCGCAAGCAAGCGAGGAUGACCUUCCUGUGGAACACCCCGCAGGCUCUCAAGGACGAGGAGGACAUGGCAAAGCAGUUCGCCGUGCCAUGGGCCAUGCGCGGCCCGCCUCCUCCAAGCGAGGGGGGGCCGACGAUGUGGCGCGGCAACAGAUGGUCAGAAGGCGAGCGGCGUUGGAAGAAACGCGGUGGCACGUCCAGGGAGUUCUUCGAGGAGAAGUACGGCUACGGCGGCUGGGGCUGGCAAGCAGGCCACGUGCCGAAGCGGCCUUCGGACUACAAGGGCAUGGGCGGCGGCAAGGGCGCCUCUUCCAGGAGCGGCAAAGGCCAGGAGCAGAGCAAGGGCGGCGCCUUCUCCGAGCGCAGCAAGGGCGGCAAGGACGGCAAGGGCAGCAAGGGCAGCGCCCCCGAAGGCACGCGGGCGCCGCGGGCGCAGGCCGCCUGGGACCCUCAUGACCUCGAGGCCGCGAGUUCCAGCGGGAGUGAAUGGCUGUGGCGCGGCUUUUGCCCUCGCGGCGAUUGCAAGAAAGCUGGCUCGUGCAUCUUCUCGGACCCUGACAGGGACAUCGUGAAGGAAAAGGUGGCGAACCACUUGUGGUGUUCUACCUACCACAACGAGGACAACGCCCUCGAGUGGGAGGCGGCGUUGCAGGAGGCAGACAAUGACGCGUUCAUUGUCUACGAGCUGGGCACGCAGAAGAGCAAGAAGCGCCCCGCGCCAUCCGUGGAACCGCAGCCAGGGCGGGCCGUUCAACAGCGGUCUUCAGGACCAGUCGGCCAGUACAAGUCGAAGACAGUGGUGACGCGGGACAUCACGGUGCGCAAGGGCGAGCUGCAGCAGGUCAUGGAUUGCCUUGACAGGUCUCUGACUGCGACGGAGCACGCCGCGACCAUCGCACGCAGCGCAGCGAAGGCGUUCGAGGACAGCGCUGCUGCGAUCUCGGGCGCCAAGAAGACGCUCGAGAGCAUCUGCAUGCGCCACGUGGGUAUGGACGAGCCUGCGGCGUGCCUGCUGCAGCAGAUGUCGGCUGCCGCCCCGCCGCGCGUCUCCGCCCCGCCCAAGCGCGUGGAGGUCAAGAAGCAGCGCUCGCUGUUCGAGUUCUCCGUCGUGGCUUCGGCGGCCCGCGCGGGGCAGCUAGACGACGUCAAACAGGAACCCCCCGAGGAGCCAGAGGAAACCCCCGAGGGAGAGCCAGUGACACUUGCCGAAGAGCUAGGGAUGGCCCCAGAGGAUGCCGCCGAAGUGGCCGCUCACGGCGCCAGCCGCGCAGGCAAGGCCAAGCGCCCUCCCAAGAAGGCCAGGGUCAGGGCAGCCAAGGCAGUGGCAGGCCUUGCGCCCGAGGAGGACGACUGGUCCUGGGAGUGGGGGCCCGAACCCGAACACCUUGACGAAGGAGGCGACCGCGGCGGCGCGGCUGCGCCCGCAGUUGAGGAGAAGAAGGGGGGCAAGAAGAGGAGGGCCUCCGAAGGCGCCGAAGGCUGGCCAGCCGACGCCGACGGCGACGGCGCCGACGCAGACGAGGCCGGGACUGGCGGAGACGACGGCGCCGAGGGCGCCGACUACGGCGUCAGCGGCGAGGACGGCGAGAAGGCCAAGAAAAAGAAGAAGGGGAAGAACAAGGGGAAGCGCUCCAAGACCGCCAAAAAGAAACGCAAGAAACCGGCCGCGCCGAGGAGCUCGGAGGUCCCGACAGAACCCGCCGAGGUCCAGCCACCGUGCGCCGCUGCCCCUGAUCAGACGGCUAUCGACGCGGUGCCGCGCUUCGAUCGCAACCCCGUUUGCACCAAGUGCAAGAAGCCCGUGGAGCCGCUCGCAGCAAGGAUUGUAGGCAAGAAAAGGAAUGUUUGGCAGUGCUCAACGUGCAGUUCGCGGCACACUCAGCUCCACAGGAUUUUCGGAGGAUGGCCGCCACAAUCCUUCAAGUCGCUUUCACAGGAAGAGAAAGAUACUUUUUGGAACGACGUCAAGGAGGCGAACGGGAAGGCAGAGGUCGAGAAGAUUGCGGUGGAAACGUUCACGAGGGUAUACCGCGAGAGCCGCGCCUCAGGCAGGCAGGGGAAAUACCUCCCACUCAGCGUCUACAAGAAGAAGGGCUACUCCGCAAAGAGGAUUAAGAGGCUGUGCAAAGACAAGAAACAAGAUGAUGUCCUCGGCACGCUCUACUGCGUGAACAUUGAUUACAAGGACGACAAAAGCGUCGAGGAAGAGGUCCGCCAGUCCCUGACCGCCGCAAAGGAGCGCACCGCCAGCCCGCAGCAGCACCAAGGCAAGAACAAAGGCAAAGGCAAGGGAAAGGAGCAACUCGCGCCAACCUCAGCCACCAAGAAGAUGAUGAGCGACGCCGUCAAGAUCCUGGCCAAGGUGAGCCCGCUCGCUUUCAAGGCAAAAGGGUUGUUGAACAACCCCAAGGCAAGCAAGCUGCACAAGGACCACAGCAAGGCCCUGGCGUGGCACAUCAAGGACCUCGACGCUCUCGCGGCCGCGGCCCAGGAUACCCUGUCCAAGAACGCCGUGCUGUCCAUUCAGCUUGCGACGGUGAAGGAGAAGGCAGACGCGGCUGAGAAGAAGUGCGCGCAGGCGGAGACGGAGGUCUCUGCGCAUGAGGCCAAGGCCGCCGCGAAGAUGGAGUGCGAUAGAGAGAUGUCGUGUUCUCUGGAAUUGCCGCUGUGCGACGGCGGGUCCUUUGAGUGGCACAUUGCAAGGCCUGCCCGCUUGGUUCAACGGUUAGUCGAGGUGUCCCCAGCGCUGAAGCGCAUGUUCGCGGCCGCGCCUAUCACCCCAGCAAGGCCGUGGAACGUGAUCCUUGCGCACGACGAGGUCACGCCUGGAGCUGUGCUGCGACCGCAUAACCGCAGGAAGUUCGUUGCAUUUUACAUUUCGUUUCUAGAAUUCAAGCAUGCCCUUCGGCACGAUUGCUGUUGGUUCCCCCUGGGCGUGAUCAGGUCGGCACAAGUGGAGAAAAUUCGCGGUGGCCUCUCGGGCACGAUCAAGUCGUUGCUGCGUCGCUUGCUUCUUGAGGACGGCAAUCUCGUGGAUGGCGUGGCCUUGCCGCUACAGGGCGGGCCGACAAUGUUCUUCGCGAAAUUUGCCGUACACUUGGGAGACGAGGUCGCUUUGUCCAGGGGCCUCGGCGUGAAAGGAUCUGCAGGGAUCCGACCGUGUCUGAAGUGCGCCAACGUGCUCAAGAAAGGCUCAGGCAUUGCUGGCGCUGGCGCCGCGCCCAAUCGGUUGGUGGAAAUCACAUGCAGGGACCGCAGCGCAUUCAUUUGUAAUUCUGACGAGGCCGUAUGGGGAGCCCACGACGAGUUGACGCACUUACAAGGGACAAUAUCGAAAGCCGCAUUUGUGCGCCACGAGAAAGCACACGGCAUCAAUUUUAAUCCUGAUGGGUUGUUGGCGGACGCAGACCUCCGAGGGCAGGUCGGCCCUGUUUCGUCGCUCCAUUUUGAUUGGAUGCAUGUAUAUUUGUGCAAUGGUGUUGCGUCCCAGGAAAUGUUUUGCUUCAUGUCGGCAUGCCAGGCCAUUCCUGCUCUGAGGGACAUCUAUCCGAAGUUGGAACGGUACUGCCAGGCAGACUGGUCUUUCCCCCAGCAACACCGACGCAAGUGUCGGGGGGCCCACGUUGUUUUCUGCAAGGCCAGGGAGAACGCAUCCAAGGAGCAUUGGCGAAGCAGCGCCUCAGAGUUGUUGUGCAUUUACCCGCUGGUGCGGCAUUUUGCUUGCAUUGUUAUCUUGCCGAAUUUCGAUGAGCUGCGCGACGAAGUUGCCUCCCUCUGCCAUUGUUUCGCUGUAAUUGACAAAAUUCAACGGGCGAAGGCGGGCGACAUCGAUGCCUCGGCCCUCGGAGCUGCAGUUGAUCGCCACGCGGACGCACAUGAAAAAGCAUACGGGGCCGACAAUUGGAAACCAAAGUUUCAUUUGGCGACGCACAUUCCCGAGCAAGUGGAGAAAUUCGACGUUGUGUUGGAUUGCUUCGUUGUUGAGAGGUCGCACCUUCUGCCGAAAAUGAUUCUGGACAACCAAGAUAUACUGAAAGGCUUCGAGAAAGCUGCAAUUUCUCGCGUGCUGUUGGCGCGCCUGCAGGAGCUCGAAAGUUUCGACGAGCGCCCAGGGCUCAGGGGGGGCGAUGCGGAGUUGUCGCCCCUGCUGGCUGAAGCAGUCGGCGGCGACGUCGUCCUUUCAUCCAGCGCUGCUUUCAAAGGCUUGCUUGUUUGGGCAGGCGACGUGGUGCGCAUGCAGAACAAUUUUCUAUGCGUCGCAGCUCUGGGCCAACGGGGGGACGAUCUAUUCAUUCUUGGGCACGAGUGCGUCGUGAUCGAGAAGCGGACGCCGAACGCGUCAGUCCUGCGGAAGGACGGCGAAUUGCUUCUUGCGUGGUGGAGCGGCGAAUCGGUUGAGAUGUGCCACGCUUGGUCGGAGCUCGCCUCUGGCGACAUUCUUGAUGGCCCGCUCGAGCAGCCCAGCUCGACGGCGGGGAAGCUCACCUCGCUCAUCGCGGCCCGGCGGGCGGAGGCCGCGCAGUCGCGAGCCCUCGCGGGCGAUAUCGGAGGCGAGGGCCUGGCCCCAGGCAGCUGGUCGGUGGUGGCGCACGAGGCCGCCCUGGAGCGCACGCCGCCGAACCGCUUCGACCUGGACAUCUACGCGGUCCAGGGCCGGGCCCUCGCCAUCGACGACCCGCCGGCACGCGCCGUCGCGCGCCACGAGCUGCCCGGCGUCGCGGGGGCCCUCGUCCUCACCAGGGGUGGAAUGCCGGGACGGUCGGUCCCUGCUCAAUGUUUGGGUCGAUCCCUGGUCCUCACCGACGUGCUCUCGCCCGGCGAGUGCCGGCGCCUGCUCGAGGCGUCGGAGGCCGUGGGCUACCGGCCCGACGUGCCGCUGUCGUCGGCGCUGGACGAGCGGGCGCAGAACGUGGUGAUCCUCGCCAGCGAGGAGCAGAACAGGGCGCUGUUCGAGCGGGUCCGGUCCUCGCUCCCCGCCGCGGCGGCGGGUGCCGCGCUGCUGGGCCUGAACCGGCGGUGGCGCCUCUACAGAUACGAGGAGGGGAGCAAGUACAGGAAACACCUCGACGGGGCCUGGCCGGCCAGCGGCACGCGGGCGCUCCCGGGCGGCGCGGAGGAGUACGUCUACGACGCCCACGGCGGCGGAGCGAGAUCACACUUCACCUUUAUUGUGUACCUCAACGACGACUUUGAGGGCGGGGCCACCACCUUCUUCGUGCCGAAGGGCACCCAGGAGGGCACGCUGGAGUCGCGCCCCGUGAGACCUCGCACCGGCUCCGCCACGGUGUUCCCCCACGGCGAUUGCCCGCAGCCGCUGCUGCACGAGGGCUCGCCGGUGGAGAAGGGCGUCAAGUACCUGCUCAGAACCGACGUCGUGUACGGCUCCGCCACCGACCCGAGCUCCGAGAAGGAGUCAGGGGCAACGUUACGGGAGGCAUGA